GCCUGCUGUGCCUUCCCACGCGACCGCGGGAACUCCUCUGAGGGUCCUGGUUGCAAGCAAGCAUGCAUGCAUGCAUGCAGGUGCUUCUGGUCAUCUCCUGAUGCCUCACUCCUUUCCUUACCCACCGACCCACCCACCGCCCACAGGGUUCCCUGGACCCCCUCACUCGCGCCCCCUACUCGCCCUUCCGCCCCAACCGCUCCUGGCCCGCCUACCUGGCCCGCCGCGCACUGCUGCGAACCGCGCUGGAGGUGGCGUCCGCGCUGCGGCACCUGCACUGCAGCCUGGGGGUGACCCACGGGUCGGUGCGACCCAGCAAUGUGAUGCUACUGCCGGCGCUGCGGGACCGCAGGAACUUCUGUGUCAAGCUCGGACACGUCCCUCACCGCCAGCACCCUGCAGCUGGGCUGCCGUACCGCCCCCUCCGCCCCGCACCACCACAACUGCACCAACCAGCAGCAUCCGCACCCCCACAACCCCCACCCCCACCCCCAGCAGCACCCCUCCCAACAGCCGCACAGCUGCAGUGCACCGCAGCACCCAGCAGCCCCAGCAGCCGCCCCGCUGCUGCCACCGCCACCCUCGGCAUCAUCCCCAGCACCACCGCCUGCUGCCACUGCUGGGCUGCACACCACUGCGACCCGCGACAGCGGUGACCCCAACGAGCACAACGAGAAUGCCAGCUUGAACUGUGCUGCUCGCAUGCAUGCGGGCAAUAGUAACCAACACCACCACAACAAUAUACACCACCACGACAACCACAACAACAAGGGCAACAAUAAGAACCCGGCCGCUGCCGCCGUCGGAGACCCCAUUCGGGCCUUCCUCGCCCCUGCCCGCUCCAGCACCCCGCAGCAGGAGCAGGAGCAGGAGGUGCUCGUCCUCGCCAGUUUCGACGACCACGGUACCGCUGCCACGCAACAAGCUAGCCACCACCACCACCACCCUCAGCAGCAGCAGCACCAUCCCGCAUGCAACCCAGCAGCUGCAGCAGCAGGCGCACCCCCACCUCCGCAACCCAGGGUGGGCGCCUGGACCACCGCGGCAGCAGCAUCAGCAGCACCUCCGGUGACGGCGACGCCACUGUUGCUGCCGACAGCGGCGGCAGUGCCGACGGAAACCAAAGCCGCAGCACUUGCCGUACAACUCUCCGUGCGACCCGAGGACCUGCCGUACAUUGCUCCGGAGGCGCGCGUUGCGCCGCCGCCGCCGCCCGCAUCGACAACCGCAGCGGCGGCGGCUGGGGUCCCGGCGGCGGGUGCCGGGCCCGCAGGGGACGUUUGGUCGUUCGGUGUGUUGCUGUGGGUGCUGGCGACUGGGGAGACCUGGCCGGCGGAGGCGGCGGUGGUGGGCCCGCUGCCAUCGCCAGGAUCCUUGCUGACCCCGGUGGCGCCCCCUUGGAGCUCGGGCGCCCACCCGCAUCUGCGGCCGCUGUACGAGGCGUGCGUGAGCGCCGACCCGCUGCAGAGGCCGGGCAUGGAGCAGGUGGUCUCGCAGCUGCAGCAGCUGGAAGAGGGGCUGCAGCGCGAGCGGCCCCGCAACCGGGCGGCGGCAGCGGCGGGCUACGCGGCCCUGGCGGCGGCCCGGGCGGGGGCGGGCGCGGGCGCCCCUUGGGUGCUGCCUGGGUACCUGCUGUAGUGGGGGGAGUGUGUGGUGUGGUGGGGGCGGGGUGAUGGGAAUGAGGAAGAGGAAGGAGAUGACUGCAACUGUGUGACACGAGCUGCAUCGGCAACCUUGGAAGGAUGCGCCGGAUGGUUGCCGACCCGACCCAGCGGGGGUUGGGGCAGCAGGGGGG